AUGGCCAACGACGUCAAGCCUCGCCUCUCCAUUGGCGAGAAGCUGAAGCUAGUCGGGGUUUUGCUGUUUGUCGCCCCCUGUAUGCUCGCAAUCGUUGGCGCACAGGCGCUUUUGUUCGCCAUCCGGAACAAGCUGGAUAUUCGGAUGUAUCUUUUGAGUGCUGGUGUCAGAGUUCUCUUCAGCACCUUUACGGCUCGUGAAAUACAAACCUUGCUUUCACCUACCGAAGACGUAUACAGAGCAUGGAUUCAGCGAAAAGAGAGGCUUACCAAGGACCCAGCGCUCAAAGAACGACUCCAAUGCGAUAUACAGUCUCUCCCUGAUGGCAACUCACGCAUUCUCUGGGUUGGAAACCGUCACAAAGCCCGCAAGGUGGUACUCUUUCUCCAUGGCGGAGGAUAUAUCAUGCCGAGCCAAGCAGGACACUUUGAAUGCGUGUGGAAUGUCUUCGUUCUCUCUGGGCUAGAGUCAGAUACCGAGGUAGCCGUGGCCUUUUUACAGUAUUCCCUGGCCCCCGCUUCGAAAGUUCCCGUACAACUCUUCCAGGCCGCAUCUGCUCUCUCGGAGAUUCUCAAAGCAGGCUUCAGCGCCAAAGAUAUCGUCAUUGCCGGCGACUCUGCUGGUGGCAAUCUCACCAUGCAAACCCUCAGGCAUUUGGCUGAGCCUCAUCCUGAAGCUUGCCAUAUCGCAUUAGAUGAGCCUCUGUCGGCUGCUGUCUUGAUAUCGCCGUGGCUCAGUUCAGAGUACUCUAGCUCCUCAUGUCUAGAAAACGACAGCAGUGACAUGCUCUCGAGAUCCGUCAUGCGCUCACUUACGGCAUAUGCCACCGGCUAUGAAGAGCAGAGCGACUCGGACGAUGCAGACAGCUGGGCGAAGCCGCUUGAGUGCAGAGGGGCUUGGAUAGGCAAGCUCAACAGUGCCGUCAGGAAGAUUCACAUGACUGUUGGUGGAAAGGAGAUUCUGGCCGAUCAGGCAAGGUCAAUGGGGAAGGCCAUCGAAGCCACGAAGACGGGUGUCCAAGUAACGUUGGAGAGCCACCCAAACGCGGCCCAUGACUUUAUUAUAGCCGAAGCAAUACUCGAACAAGUCGGUGAGGCGACGAUAAAGAUGAAGCAGUGGUUCAAGGGAGUGCUAUAA